GGGUGCUCUCCUUCCCCCUUGCUGCCCUCUGUUGCCUCUGCUGCUGCUGCCGACCUGCUUGGUCUUGAGUCGGUCGGCGCGGCGUCUGCCCCUAGUGGGAGACGUCGCUCCAGCAAGGGCAAGGGGGGCAAGGGCGCGGGUGGAGCUGGAGGGGGCGGUGGCGGUGGCGGCGGGUGGCGGCGGAGGGAGUGGGGGUGGCGGCGGGACUAGUGGCGGGGGUGGUGGUGGUGGUGGUGGCAGCAGCGGCGGAGACGGUGGUGGUGGUGCCAGCGGUGGUGGUGGAGGCAGCGGCGGAGGUGGAGGCGGCGGAGGUGGAGGCGGUGGAGGCGGCAGCGGAGGAGGCAGUGGUGGUGGAGGAGGUGGAGCUGGUCGGGGUGGUACCCAGCAGCGUAGCGGCGGUGGUGGUGGCCAGCGCUCGCACCGGCAGCAGCAGCAGCGCUCGCGGGACAUCCCUUCGCCUCAGCAGCUUCGUGAGUGGUACGCUGGGCGUCAGAGGGGUGGGGGUACUGGUCCCUGCACCUACGUUCUUCGUUCCGGCGACCACGCGGCGAUCUUUGAUCUUGAUUUUGAUGCUAUCCUUACUGCUAUGUAUGUUGUGGAUUAUAGUGAGGAGAAUGAGGGUUACCGUUGUUUCCAGCCCGACCCGGGCAUUGGUACUGCUGCGCUAGGUGCUUGUGAGGCUACUGCUCUAGGUGCCAGUGCGUCUGCGCUCUCAGGUACUGGUGAGACUGCGCUCUCAGGUACUGCGUCGUCCUCGUCCUCCCUCACUUUCACACUUGACUCCGGAGCUUCUCACUCCUUCUUUCGAGACCGCACUACCCUUACGCCGCUCGGCCGGCCGGUUGCAGUCUCCCUUGCUGACCCCUCUGGAGGUCCUAUCCUGUCUCACUUCUCCACUGUCCUCCCGUGUCCGGCUGCCCCUUCGGGCACCCUGUCGGGUCUGUACCUUCCCUCGUUCUCCACGAACUUGGUGAGUGGAGCGGACCUGAAGGAUGGGGGUGUUCACCAGUUCACUCCUGCGAGUCAGCGGGUGACCCACUGCACGGAGGCACGCACAGGCCGACACCUGGCCACGUUCUCGCGUCGGCCGGGGUCGAGUCUCUACACCCUGACCGUUGAGUCUCCUCCUGUCCCUGCGUCUGGUCAGGUGGCUGCGUCGGGUCAGGUACUUGCUGCUGCGUCCCGGUCAGGUCCUGAGUCUGCCCCCUGUUCUUGUCGCCUCCUGUCUCACAAGACUCUCCUGUGGCACCACCGUCUUGGCCACCCCUCCUUGCCCCGUCUUCGGAGCAUGGCUUCCCGUGUCCUUGUCUCUGGUCUUCCCCAGUCUCUCCCUCCUCUCCCCUCCGGGCCAGGACCUUCCUGUGUCCCCUGUGUCGAGGGUCGCCUCCGGGCUACUCCUCACGCCUCCCACUUCCCCCCGACAGAGGCUCCCCUGCAGACGCUUCACAUGGAUGUGUGGGGCCCAGCCCCCAUCCGUGGGCAGGGUUACGAGCGCUACUUCCUGUUGGUGGUUGACGACUACUCGCGUUACACCACAGUCCUCCCCUUGCGCAGCAAGGGUGAGGUCACUGAGGUGCUGAUCGACUGGAUCCGCGAGGCUCGUCUCCAGCUCAGGAAGAGCUUCGGCUCGGACUUUCCUGUUCUGCGUCUGCACUCUGACAGAGGCGGAGAGUUCUCUUCUCGCCUUCUGCGAGACUACUGUCGUGCACGGGGGAUCCGCCAGACCUUCACGCUUCCGGACUCACCAUAG